GUGACAGGACCGGUUCAGGUAGCGCCAAAACAGGGCUACGCUGCGCAGGGGAGCAUUUCAUGCAACUUCGGAAACAAGGACAACACACCCUCCAGGGUACUUGUCAGGCACUUCUUACUAUGGUAACUACACAGUCAUUUUGUUGUCGGGCCGCGUCACCUACUUGAAAUUCGAUACCAAGGAUCAAAUAUUUGUCAGCAUACUCGCAUGUACCGAAGGAAGGAGCUGUCGCGAAAACCAUGACAGCGUGGCUACCAUGUUGAGACCGUGUACUGUUGGCUCCUGUACCUGUCCAAGUGGUGUUAAGAAAUGUCGUCAAAGUCGAAAGAAUCGAGAAGAAGCCGUAGUAAGUCAACGUCGCGGAAGCAGUCGGACCGCGCCGAGGAGGAGAGAAGACCGCAUACACCUGACACCCAUGUCGCCCUCUCCACCUCCCAGGAUGUUCUGGAAGAGUUUGAGACAGUAGACCCAUCAGAUGGCUCACCUGAUGCCGAACGGCUAACGUCCUUGCCUCGCGAUGUUCUGGAGAAGAGCGUCACUCUUCCCGCCAUUGACGUCAACAUGGACAGCCUGAAGCAGCGGGUACGGCGGUACCGUGAGGACAAGGGCCGUCCCAUGAACGGGGUACACGUCAAGCUGCCCUCCGUACGGAAAACCUGCGCCAGACACCAGGAGGACAGCCUGGAGCUGGCUCUGUACUGCGAGACGUGUAAGGAGUGUAUGUGUUACAAGUGUGCCCUGGCAGCGCACAAGGAUCACAACGUAGAGCCUGUCAGCACGGCCGCCAAGAAGAAAAAGGAAAGGCUCCUAACCAGGCGGAACGUUCUGAGUGAGAUGGUGGAGAAAUCGUCACAGCAGUUAGGGGUGAUGGAGGAAAAAUGCAGAGAAGCUAAGAUGAGGAUUGAGUCAGAGAUCCUGGGACUGAUGUCGACUAUAGACAGACGGCAGCAGAUGUUAUUUCGUCGACUGGACAAGGACAAGCAGGCCAAGGAGGAAUACAUUCAGGAACAGAUGACGCUCUGUGGGCAGGAAGUCGGUCUCAUAGACCGGGCUCUCUGCAAGGAGGACUCAGUGGAAAUUCUGGAGGUUGUCGGAACGAUCGAAACAGGCUUGAGAAGCCGACUGAGGCAGAAUCCGGCCGACCUGAUAUCGUUUGACCACCUGAAGCUGGACCUGUCCGAGCAGCAGAGAGUCGCCGACAGGAUUAACUUCUCCAACACUAACGGAGGACUGUCGCUAGAUCAGCACAUGACGAGGUUAAAGCCGAUGGUUCCUUUCAAGUUGGAUCCAAAGACGGCCAGCAAGAAGCUGCGAAUUCUGAACAGUGGCAAACAGGUAGAGUACAGGGAGCACAUCCCCGAGCCCGUGGGGUCACGGCGCGGCCUGCACACUGUCAUGGGCAACCUGCCCAUCACGACCGGCAAACACUACUGGGAGGUCUCCGUGAACAGGAGCCUGGACUACCGUAUCGGUAUCUGUUACAAGACGGCAGACGGAGCCCCUGCCGCCGCGGGCGAAGACAAGAACUCCUGGGUCUUGUGUUUAGGCUACCCGAACAGGUUCACCGCCAUGCACUAUCACAAACGGGUCCUGGUGUUCUCACCCUUCUACAGGAGUAGAAUUGACGGGAUCAGGAAAAUCGGUGUGCACCAAGACUAUGACUUGGGCUACCUGGCCUUUUUCUCGGCGAACUCUGGGGAGAGAAAGUUAUUUUUGUACGCGUUUCACGCACAGUUCGAGAAGCCGACGUACCCGCUGUUCUAUGUCGGUCAGGGGAAGCUGACCAUUCACACGGGCCUAAGUGUUCCCAAGGACCUACCUACCUCAUGAUUCCAACCUGAACAACUACAUACAAGACACUGUCAACUGAUACAACCUGUAGGAUCGAUUUUCAUGAAACCUUCAUCGACUUUUCUAUUAUAGUCAUGGGAAAGUUAUUACAUUCUUUUGACAACUUUUCAAAUAUCCUAUUUACAAACAAACUCGGGUAAACAUAACCCAAGCGAUUUUCAGUCAUCUUUUUGAUGUUGAAUUGCGUUCUUACAAAUUGUGUCUAAGGUACGCCUAGAACGUCGUCGUCAGCUGCUUCACGCAUGAUCGGUUCGGAACAAACAUUUCUUCGUGGUAAUGUUACUCCGUUUCUUCUUAGAAACAAGAGAUCAAGUGUGUAAGAUUUGGCAACCUGUCCGAAUACGCUUUUAUAGACCCCAGAAUAUUGUGUUACCAAAACUGCAUGCACUGGAUCCAUUUAAGGAUUUACGUAAUGUGGUCACGUAUUCUCACGCAAUGAAGAGAGUUAACAUUUGGAACACACAGGAUGAUUUCACAGUUUCAUGGCCCUGUAAUGCAAUGUUUUCUGACUCCCAGGCUUCACUAUUGCGUGACCAAGUGUAUGAUUGAGUUGGAAAUGUUGUGAAAACGCCAAGACUGCACAUAAAAGGGUUCCUACCCAUGGUGUACGUCAAGAGCCCUCCAGAGCUCUCAUCGCGAUGUUGUCGAUCGAAGUGUUGGAGUUGUGAGCACUCUAGCAUACUGUAUCCUACAACGAUUUCGUUUUACAUUCGCAAGGUCAACAGACUGAUUGUUAUUCCAUGUUCCUAAAGUGACAUCAUACUUUAAAGAAAUCCCGUUGAGCUGUUAAUCUAAGUGAGUCAGAAGGGAGUUGACACAGUCUUCUUUUGGUGUUACCUUACAUAAUUACAUAAACCAGUUGUUGUGUGUAUCAUAAGAGUUGCUGUUUUGUGAUGGUUUCCAAAACUGCUGUGCUGAUAUUUAUUACAAACUGUCGCAAAUGUACCCUGGGCUGUCUUCAUUCAUUCAUUGGACUUUUAACCGUUGCCCAGACCUUUGUCAUGUGUCCGGGGCUAUCGAUAAUCAAUAUGUGCACACCAAAAACGUGUAUCCGAGUAGCCCGUUCACCUUUAUAUAAAAGCGACAUUCUAACCUUGAAUACGUGUCAGACUGUAAAAAAAGCCUAUUUGCUUCAGAGUAUACGUAAAUCAAUACAACUCAAACUGACACACAAAGAAUUUUCCUGGACGUCUAGCCUGCGUCAAUAGCUUGUCAGACCUCCAAGCAAACCUCACGUGAGGCAUAUCACCAUAAUUCUGGUUAUUGGUCUUGGUUUUGGAUCCGUUCAUAAUUAUAUUAUGAAGCCGUGCACAUGACAACAUAUAACCCCACCCUUCUGUACGUAGAUAUUGACCGGGCCCAUUGGUACUUUCCACACCCGGCGAUGAAUCGUAAUAAAAUACCAUCUGCAUUCCCGUGCGCA